GUAAACAAAUAAUCACAUUAUGUAGCAAUGGCACCAAAGUUAAAAUUUGCUGAAGGUGAAAAAGUGCUAUGUUUCCACGGACCGCUAAUUUAUGAAGCAAAAUGUUUAAAAAGCUCAGUUACAAAGGACAAACACGUGAGGUAUCUUAUUCAUUACGCGGGAUGGAACAAAAAUUGGGAUGAAUGGGUGCCUGAAAGCCGUGUUCUGAAGUACAAUGAAGCAAAUGUACAAAGGCAGAAAGAAGUCCAAAGAGCUCAUUCCGCACAACCAACUAAAACUAAGAAAACUCCCGCAAAGGGUAGGAAAUCUGAUGCAGCAGUUGCUGCAACUACUCCAGCUAGAGAAGAAUCAAGAGCAUCUACCCCUGCGAGUAGUACUCAAGUAAAAGAGUCCGAUAGUACACCAGCUCCCGCAAAAACAACUAAAACUCAGAGUAAAGAUACACCUGCUGAUUCUGGAUCUGAUCAACCUAAAAAAAAACGAGGACGUCUAGACUUGUCAAUAGAAUCCGAAGAGCAAUACCUAGCAAAAGUAGAAGUUAAGAUCAAAAUACCCGAAGAACUGAAGGUUUGGCUCGUUGACGACUGGGACGUGAUCACAAGGCAACAGAAGUUAGCUAUUUUACCAGCAAAAUUAACCGUUAGUCAAAUAGUGGAUAAUUAUUUGGCUUUCAAGAAAUCUAGCAAGUCUCACAACCAGGCUAAGGAGUCUGUGCUGGUCGACAUCACGGAGGGGAUCAAGGAGUACUUCAACGCGACCCUGGGCUCUCAGCUGCUGUACAAGUUCGAGAGGCCGCAGUACAGCGAGAUACUGCAGGAGUAUCCCGACACCCCGAUGUCUCAGGUGUACGGCGCCGUUCACUUGCUGCGGUUGUUCGCGAAAAUGGGUCCGAUGCUGGCGUACACGGCGCUCGACGAGAAGUCGCUCCACCACGUGUUGUCGCACAUCCAGGACUUCUUGAAGUACAUGGUGACGAACAGAUCGACGCUUUUCAAUUUACAAGAUUACGGCAACGCCACGCCUGAAUAUCAUAGGAAAAUACAGUAAUUUAUAGUUUUUAAGAUGUCUGUUUGUACAUUUAGGUAUUACGAAAUAAAUAAUCGUUGUGAUUUA